CUCAUUAAAGGUGGAGAACCACUGCUUUACAGCUUAGAACACUCACUUACUAGCUAUGACGAAAUGUCUAAUUGUUUAUUUCCUCAGGCUGUAAGAAUUUGGCUCGGAGUCAAGCAGGUCUUGCAGCAAAGCAGGAAGCGACACUGGAUUGACGGGACUGAGAGCCUCGUGUUUUCAUAGCGCCGAAACUCCACGAGUAGGCUGUUUGUUUGGGGCGUUGAAGAAAACACGUGGGAGAAAUAUACGUAUAUAUAGAGGAGUCCGAGGACAUGGAGCGGCGCUUUUAAACUGUCCGUUAUGGAGGUGGCAAACGAAGAGGCAGCCUGUAAAGUCUACGCAGUUUUAAUGGAGCCCGAGCCCGAGACCGUGAGCCGUUUGAGGACAAAGUACUACUCACUGCGGCGACAGGUGUGUUUAAUCCAGUCCAUCAGCGUGCUCCUCUGCUUCAGCUGCUGCCUGUUCACGCUCCUGUAUCACGCGUUCCCGCCGACCUGCACGGAAAACGGAACUAAGGAGGCAUCUAAAUUUGAAAUGCAGCAUCAAGAUUUUGAAUCGCAUAGCAGAGAAGAAAUGACCCCGACACAAAGAGACACAUCUUUCAUUCGCCUGACAGUUAAAAACGAUGUCCGUUUCACUAAAGACGGAUUUGUGCCGUGGAUGGAUACACCAGAGUAUUCGUCACCAACCCAUACCAGAUACUUCAUCUUGGAUGACGAUAAUGAAUCUCUGAAAGUCCUUCAUGACGGAACAUACAAGGUUUCUCUGCAGAUUACGUACAGAAAAUUCAGUGAUAAGCCAGAAAGGGAUGAAAUAUUUCUGCAACAUGAUAUUCAUCAUUAUACUGACGGAUAUCCUGGACACCUGCCCCUGCUCACCCACUGCGAAACAGUGAACAUUACACACUGGAGGAAAAGUCUGUUUUCUGAAGGUAUUUUUUAUCUCAACUCUGGGGACAGACUCAAGGUGUGGUCCAAGAAUCUGAACCUCAUUGAUGUUGGAGAUAAAUUUGUGCAAAAAACUGUCUUUGUGGUGUAUCCACAUUUUACCCCGUGAGGAUACGGCGAAUACAAAAAACAAAAAGACAAUUUCUUCUGUAGCUUUGAAUAAGGAUCAAAAGGGCUGCCAUGAAGUACCAUAUUCAUCUGUCUAAACCGAUUCUCCUUUUGUUAGCAGAAUAAUUUGGAUCUCAGAUAUAUUUAUGCUAUAAUCAGUAGCAUAGCCAUGUACAGAUGAAAGCCCUUACCAAAAAAUACUGUGGUACAUUAAUGGUGUCACAUGGUAAUACUAGAGUACUUUGAUAUAAACUAUGGUAGUGAAAUUCAUUCCCUCUAGUGUCGUUUUCAAGAAUAUCGUGGUGCUUCCAUGGUAUGUGUUAAACAACUUGCUAAUACCAUAGUAUUAUUUUUGGUAUUUUCUUUUGUAAGAGAAGACUUUUCUGCUUCACAGCUGGGGACAAAACAGGCAUUGGCUUGGGUUUUAAAAGCUACAAUUUUAAGCACUACAACUGUGGAAAAAUGUUAAUUUUGUAAUUAAGUUUUAUUUUUG